CCCUAGUUUAAACCGAGCUCGCGCGCCGCGCCGGACUCUGCGCGUGCGUGGCCGUUGAACGGUCAUAGGGGCGGCGGAGGAGGAGUCCGGAGGGAGCCCGCGGAGCGGCUCCGCGCCCCGCCGCUCCUUUCAGCGCCCCCCUCAGCCCUUCCUCCUCCUUGGUCCCCAGGCUGCCCCUGGGGCUGGCGGCUUCUCGUUGGCCGCCCGCGUGCUGCACGGAGAAGGGAGCCCCGAGGAGAAAUGACUACCCCAAACAAGACACCACCUGGUGCUGAUCCAAAGCAAUUGGAGAGGACUGGAACUGUUAGAGAAAUAGGAUCACAAGCAGUUUGGUCACUUUCAUCUUGUAAACCAGGAUUUGGAGUGGAUCAGUUAAGAGAUGAUAAUCUAGAAACUUACUGGCAGUCAGAUGGAUCACAGCCUCAUUUGGUGAACAUCCAGUUUAGGAGAAAAACAACAGUGAAAACGUUAUGUAUUUAUGCGGACUACAAAUCUGAUGAAAGUUAUACUCCAAGCAAAAUCUCUGUCAGAGUAGGAAAUAACUUUCAUAAUCUCCAGGAAAUCCGGCAACUUGAAUUAGUGGAACCAAGCGGCUGGAUUCAUGUUCCUUUAACAGAUCCCCAUAAGAAGCCUAUUCGCACAUUUAUGAUUCAGAUUGCUGUUCUAGCUAAUCACCAAAAUGGAAGAGACACUCACAUGAGACAAAUCAAAGUGUAUACCCCAGUGGAAGAGAGCUCUAUUGGUAAAUUCCCUAGAUGUACAACAAUUGAUUUCAUGAUGUAUCGCUCCAUAAGGUAAAAUUUCCUAACGGGAAAUAAAGGCAUUUUUUUGAUGGCAGUAUUGCAGUAUUGUUGUUUAAAUACUCAAAUACCUUUUUUUUAAAGGUUUACCUUGGUGUAUUAUAUCUUUACAUUUAUACUUUGUACAGUCCUGAAAUAAAGAAAAUCUUGUGUUAUAGUA